GCCAGAAAGCAAGGUUGCAUCCAAAAGUGCUAACAAGUUGAGGAUAAUGGUUUAUGUGCAUGCGUGAUGAUGGUGUUGAUCAGAGAAAUGGAAAUUAAAACUAAAGAUCCUUUGCCUCCUCUAGAGAUUUAGCUUGCUUGCCGGCAUUUCCUGUUCAGCUUUAUAAAGGUUAUGGACUACUCUCACUUCAUCUUCAUUCACAUCACCACAAUCAAACGUGGAAAUUGAGGAAAAGUUUCAACACAGUUUCAAAGAAUGGAUUAUAGGCUCAACCAAAGAAGAGUGUCCUUUUCUGAUCCAAAUUCAAGACAACACAUACCAGAUGAUGGAGCGUGUAACUGCAGUUGCAGCUGCUGCAUUUUCCAUUCAUUCACUAGAAGAAGCAGGGUUACUUAAUUUGCAGAAAAUGAAAGAGAGUCCCAAAUUUCCAAGGACCAAAACAGUGAGAGAAAAAGAGGGGAAAGUAUCUAGGCAACCAAGUCAUGGGGAGAUUUCAACAAAAAGGUCAUUAGGACAGGAACUCGCAAUGACAACAGAAAGUGAUUUUCCUUCUAAAUGUCCAAGUGGUGUAUCCCCAGCCGCAGGGUAUCAAAAUCACAAAGGGAAUCAAAUAAUACAACACAAAAAUGACAAGGCAUCACUAUGGGAAAAGGCCAAGAUAGAGAGGAUUCAAAAGAGGUAUGAGAAGACAAAGUCCAAAAUCCUUGCUUGGGAGAGUGAUAGAAAGAUUCAAGCCAAAAUACAAAUGGACAGGAAGAAGAGUGAAUGGGAGCACAAAAGCAGGCCGUGUACAGACAUUUUGGGGCAUAAGGCGAAAAUGUUAAAGGAAUUUUUUUUUUACAAGAAUUUUAAAGAGACUUAGUAUAUUAUAUAAAAUAUCAUUUUUUAUAUUAAUCUUCUAGCUUUUUUAGCUGCAAAAUCAGUAUUAUCUAAAGGUGGUUGUUCUAUAACAUUUUUCUCGUUGUUAGUAUGAUCUAUCAGUGGUUGUUCUAUCAC